AUGAUACCACGAUCCACAACUGCCAUACUAAGUCUCUCUGUCACCUUCAUCUUUGCAGCAUGGCUUGCAAACUCGGAGACUCAUUAUCUCGAGUUCGUGGUUCAAUCGACACCGAUAAAGAGGCUUUGUACAAGUCGCAGCAUACUAACGGUGAACGGCCAAUUCCCGGGGCCAACCAUUGAAGUCAGAGACGGAGAUUCCCUGGUUAUCAAAGUCAUCAACAGGGCUCUCUACAACGUCACAAUCCAUUGGCAUGGAAUCCGACAGAGAGGAACGCAGUGGGCAGAUGGGCCGGAAUAUGUGACCCAAUGUCCAAUUCAACCGGGGGCUGCCUACACCUACCGCUUCACCAUUCAGGAUCAGGACGGCACCCUCUGGUGGCAUGCUCAUAGCCGAUGGAUCAGGGCUACUGUCUACGGGGCACUCGUCAUCUAUCCCAAAUUGGGUGUCCCCUACCCUUUUCAAAACCACCCCGAUAAAGACUUCCCUGUAAUCCUGGGAGAAUGGUGGGACACCGACAUUCUUAGCAUCAUGCGACAGGCUUUGUUUAGCGGUGCUGCUCCAAAUGUGUCUGAUGCAUGUACCAUCAAUGGCCAACCUGGUGAUUUCUACAGAUGCUCUAGCCUAGAUACGGCAACAUUUUACGUGGAGGCGGGCGACACAGUUCUGUUGAGAGUCAUCAAUGCUGCACUGAAUCAGCAACUUUUCUUUACCGUGGCUAACCACAUGCUCACUGUUGUUGGAGCUGACGCUGCUUAUAACAAGCCUUUCACCACCAGAGUGAUCAUGGUUGGACCAGGUCAGACAACUAAUGUACUCCUUACUGCUGAUCAGCCUCCGGCCCGUUAUUACAUGGCGACGAGGGCCUACGCUACUGCCCAAGGUGCACCAUUUGACAACACAACCGCCACGGCAAUCUUAGAGUACAACUCUGUUCCGUGUCAUUCCAGAAAGGGCUCCUUAUAUACACCAGUCUUGCCACGUUUACCACCUUACAAUGGCACAGCAACAGUUGCUUCCUUCACUAGCCAAUUCAGGAGCCUUUCUUCCUCCAAUGCCCAAAUUCCCACUGAUAUUGAUGAGAACCUGUUCAUUACAGUGGGAUUAGGAUUCUACAACUGCCUUCCUAGCCCUACUUGUCAGGGACCUAAUGCUACUCGUUUUGCUUCAAGCAUGAAUAAUGUCUCAUUUGUUCUGCCCAGACGGGCAUCUUUAUUGCAAGCCUACUACCAAAGCAUUCCAGGCGUCUAUACCACAGACUUUCCUCCUGUUCCUCCUAUUCAGUUUGACUAUACCGGAAAUGUGCCUCGUGCAUUGUGGCAGCCCGUUAGAGGGACUAAGCUGUACAAGCUGAAGUAUGGUUCUAAGGUCCAAAUUGUGUUCCAAGAUACGGGAAUAUUCUCAACUGAGGAUCAUCCGAUCCAUCUUCACGGGCACCAGUUUUAUGUAGUUGGACAGGGUUUUGGAAACUUCAAUCCAAGUAGAGAUUCUACCAAUUUCAACCUAAUUGAUCCGCCAGAAAGGAAUACCAUCGGUGUGCCGGUUGGUGGGUGGGCAGCUAUCCGUUUUGUGGCUGACAAUCCAGGAGUUUGGUUGAUGCAUUGUCACAUAGAUGCCCAUCUCACCUGGGGCUUGGCUAUGGCUUUCUUGGUUGAUAAUGGCCCUGGAUUGCUGCAGUCAGUGGAUAGACCUCCAUUAGACCUGCCUCAAUGCUAA